AAAAAGAAUCGUUAGAAAAACGUAUUUAAUUUCCAGCAUUUUGAGUAGACAGUGUUACAUCAUUUAAAAUUAGAAAAUAUGGUUUGCGCUUGCUAUUGGCUUACUUUGGCUGCCCUGCUCACUGCGUCCAAUGGAGAAAUGAGAAAACCGAACGAGAUCAACGUGUCCAUCCGUUCGAAUCGCGGAGAACUAUCCGGCUGUCAUCAAGUCGGUCAUACAAGACGAGUCACAAUACCCGACUGCGUUGCGUUCAUGAUCACGACGAAUGCGUGCCGAGGUUACUGCGAAUCUUGGUCGGUGCCCUCUUCUUGGGAGGCUCUGUUGAAGAAUCCCGACAAAAUGAUUACAUCGGUUGGCCAAUGCUGCAACAUUAUGGCGUCUGAAGAUGUAACAGUGAGAGUCAUGUGUCUGGGAGGUCCUCGCGAUUUCACCUUUAAAUCGGCCAAGACAUGUUCCUGUUUCCAUUGCAAAAAAGAUUGAACUAUACUUCACUAUUUUUACAAAUGAUCAAUGAUAUCAAUUGAUCCUGAAUCUUACCUUUAAUACACGCAUGAAACU